AUGUCAUCAGCCUCGCCCGCUCCCUUGUCAUCGGAGCCUUCUGAUGAGCUCUUGGGGCCUGCUUCGCCUGGUUCUCCCGUUCCCGCGAAGCGCAUAUUAGAUCGCUGGAGGCAGAAGGGCUCACAGGUUGGGAUUGGACAACAAACGGCCUUACAGUGGUGGCUGGAACCGACCCAGCGAGAGAAUUUCCCCCUCCUCUGCCGUAUGGCUAUUGACAUAUUCUGCAUCCCCCCCAUGUCUACGGAAGCAGAGCGAAUCUUCUCAGGCGCAAGACAGCAGGUUAGAUGGGAUAGAAGUAGGAUGUCUGCCAAAAUGGUAGAGGCAUGUGAGUGCAUUAAAAGUUGGAUAAGUGUUCCAAAGGGAAAGAGCAGGCCGCUCCUUGCAGGGGUGUUUAGAGAAGCGGAGGAUAUCGACGCGGCUGUAAGGAUACUCCAAGAAGAUAUAGAGAUGAGUAAGGGGGCAGAAAGUGAUGGCGAGCCUAGGGAAUUGGUAGUGUAG